UUACUACUACUCCUACCAAACGUACUCCUACUUGUACUACCAGAACUACUGUUAUCACUACGACUAAUUCUUCAUAUCAAAAAUAGAUUCAUAUUUAAAAUCGAAUCCCACCAAUUGGCUGGCUAGUUUAGGUUUGAAACUGAAAUGGACAUGAAGUUUUGCUUGUUACUCAUUGGCCUAGCUUUAUUCGCGGCCAACAUUGAGGCUCGUAGCCAAAAGGCACCCAAAUGUGUUGGACAACCAAUUAGACAAGCUUGUAAAGCGCGCAGAGAUCAGGGCCACAAUAGUUACAGUUGGUGCAAAGACAAUGCCAUGGCUCAAAUGUGGUACUACAAUAUGGUACACAACUCCUGCAAUAAGAUGAUAUACCAGGGCUGCGGAGGCAACUUCAACCGCUACUGCAGUGAAGAUGACUGUGCUCAGCGGUGCAUUAAAGCAACAAACAAGAAAAAAUUGAUUAAUUAAUCAUAGAGAGGCCUUAGUUCAUUUUCUACAAAAUAAAAAAAAAGUGUAACAGUUAAAUAAUGACAAACCCUGACGAAAACUAUAAACGCAUCUCUUUAAACGCCUGUCCUCUACCAAGAUAAACCCAAGCUAAAAAAAAUUAAAAAAAAAAUCUACUAUAUAGAGAGGAUAUAUGCUAUAAUUUGAGCACACUG